UGCUCGCCGAAUUGAAUUGAAUGAAAGCUCAACACAUUUUUGAUGUGGAAUCUUUAAAAAAAUGCGAUAGUUUUGUAAUUUCAUCAAUUUGAUCAGAGUGUGUUAGAAAUAAAUUUCGGUAAAAAUGGCACCCAAAAAACCAGCCGACAAACCAGAUCCAAAGGCCAAGAAAUCUGAUAAACCCGCAGCGUCGAAACCAGCAUCGGAAAAAGCUUCGACGGCGAAAUCUGGACAACAAGCCAAACAAGCUAAACCUGCUCAAGGCAAAGCUCCUCAAGCCGCUAAACCUUCGUCGAGUAAAACCCCGGCUCCAGCUCCCAAAGCAGCAGCCAAGGCUGGCAAAAAACCAGAAGCUGCGAAGCCUGCGAAAGCCGCCAAACCCGCUCAACCGAAGAAAGCUGCCGGUAAACAAGAACCUAAAAAGGGCAAGGAUUCCGCGAAAGCAGCCCCCGGCAAAGCUCCAGCUAAAGCCGCUAAGAAGCCAGCAGCCAAACCAGCGAAAGGAGAUGCGAAGAAAGCCGCCGGUAAAGCUGAUGCUAAGAAAGGUAAAGAUGCGGGCAAAGUCGUAAAGAAGGAUAAGAAGGAUAAACCCAUCAAGGGAGUCGGUCCGAAACAACAAAAAGCUGCCAAGGCGGCUAAAGCUAAGGAAGCUGCGAAGAAGGCUUUGAAGACGAAAGUUAAAUUCUUGAAAGGACCUCAUGGACACAGAACGAGAAAAAUCCGGACAUCGGUACGUUUCCGUAAACCGAAAACCUUCUGUCCUCCCAGAAAUCCGAAAUACCCUAGGAAAUCUGUACCCAAAAGGACUAGAAUGGACCCCUACAACAUCAUUAAAUAUCCAUUGACUACCGAAUCCGCUAUGAAGAAAAUUGAAGAUAACAACACAUUGGUAUUUAUCGUCCAUUUACAAGCCAACAAACACCAUAUUAAAGCCGCUGUCAAGAAGAUGUACGACAUUAAUAUCGCUAAAGUUAACACACUCAUCAGGCCUGAUGGUAAGAAGAAAGCCUAUGUCAGACUAGCAAGAGAUUACGACGCAUUAGAUGUUGCCAACAAGAUCGGUAUCAUAUAAAUAUGUUCGAUGUUUUUACAGAUAAUAAAUUUUAUAAAAAUUUA